AUUUGGUAGUUUCAUUUCAGCUGUGUGUCUUUUUCAUUUCCAAUUUUCUUCGCAUCGAAAUUAAUUUAGUUUUUCAUUUAAAAAGGUCAAUUUUGUGCUCAGUUGGCAGUAUAGAAUAGCUUUCAGAGUAGUUGACAGACACACACACUCACAUCGGCCUUCGGGCCAUAAAAUUCUAUACCGUUUCUUUCAUUUGUUUUUGAUUCAUUUAUUUUUGUUUCCAUUUGCAAAUACAAAAUUCUGAAACGGUUUCUUCAAUUCUUGAAGCUUUAUUUCUCGUUAAAUUUAACGAUUCUGUUGGAUUCGAUUGUCGUGCGACUUAACGGAACAAUUGCACAGUCAUCACUUUGUUACAUUGAAAAGAAUGGCAAACUGCAAUAAUAAUAAUCGAAAAGGUGGAUAUUUUGAUCAGUACGUAAACUUCGACCAAUUUCUCAUGCAACACAACAUCAACAAUUGGUCACCGCAUCGUGGCUCCGAUAACCGUAGUUAUGGUGGAUUCAGUCAAGAUCCAUACGGUACAUCAAAUAAUGGAUUUCAUUUCCAAUCACAACACAAUGGACCAUCGAUAAGUGGUGAUUAUCGUCCGCCAACCGAUUGGUUACAAAGUUCGAAUUUAACAGUCACUGCAUCAGAAUUCGUACCACAAACUACAACAUCAAGCACAUCAACGUUAUUACCCACAGCAAAUGAAUUUGUUCCGAAAAAUUCGCCAAAAUCGACAGCAAAAGAAUGUUCAUCACUUAACAAGCAAUCGAACACUGUCGUAUGUGAUAAGGAUAAAAAUGACAGAAUAGCACCUAAAGAUGAAAAUGCAUCUAAAACCGAUUCCGUGAUACAAGCAUUAAACAAAACACAUAUUACCGAUGAUGCAACCAGACCGUUGCAUAGCAGUGGUGGUGCCAUCAAAAAGGUUCGCAAUCAAGAUUAUCGUGAUACGGAUUCAAGAGAUCGACAUUCAAACGGCAAUCUUCACGCCAAGAAAAAGCGCCAAGAGCGAUACGAUGAUUAUCGUCGACGUGUAAACGAGAGCAAUCGCCAGAACAGUGGUCGAGCCACAAAAUACGAUAGUAAUCGAAAUUACAGGGGUAAAAAUGAGACUUGCGAAGAAGAUUCAUCGACAAAUUAUAAAAAACGAAAUCAACGUUACAAUAACAAUAAUAAAGGUAGUAAUAACAAUAUCAAUGGCAAUUCCAACCAUGGUAGCGGUUAUUUUGAAAACAGCUCCAAAUCGAAAUUGGAUGAACAAUCCGAAUCAAAAGAUCGAAACAAGAAAAAUGAUAAGUACGAACCGAAAGAUCGUAAACGAUAUGAUGCAAAGCCAAAUCAACGAAAUGGCAAAGCGAAAGGCAUUAAAAUUGACUCAGUCAAUUGUUCGCAACGUGAAAAAUUAAGCCGUGAAAUCGAUGGUGGCCGCUUGGAGUGUCUAGUAUGCUAUGACAUAAUUAAGCCGUACAAUUCUGUGUGGUCGUGUCCCAAUUGCUAUCACAUAUUGCAUCUGAAUUGCAUCAUCAAAUGGGCCGAAUCGUCAAAAUCCGAAGAAGGAUGGCGAUGCUGUGCUUGUCAAAAUAUAUCGAAAACUCUACCUCGUGAAUAUUAUUGUUUCUGCGGAAAAGAGAAAAAUCCACAAUAUAAUCGAAACGAUAUGGCGCACAGUUGCGGCGAUGUAUGCGGUCGAAGUGAAAAUUGUCCACAUCCAUGCACAAAUCUUUGCCAUCCGGGGCCGUGUCCGCUUUGCCAGGUGAUGGUAACACGACAAUGCUGCUGCGGUAAAACCUCGAAAAUGUAUCAAUGCAAUCAAAAGGUUGAAUUCAAGUGUGAUCAACAGUGUGAAAAAGAGUUAAAUUGUUCGGUGCAUAAAUGCGAAAAAUCGUGUCAUUCGGGUGAAUGCGAAGAUUGUGCAGAAGAAAUCGAACAAACGUGUCACUGUAAGCGUGAAAAACGAACGGUUCCAUGCACAAAAGAGAAUAAAGAAUCGUUAACAUAUUCAUGUGGCCAAGUAUGCGAUAAACAAUUGAAAUGCAACAAUCACAAUUGUAAAGAACUAUGUCACGAAGGCGAAUGCAAAGACUGUGAAUUGCUUCCGGAACUGGUUAAACAUUGUCCAUGUGGCAAAAUGCAAAUUGAAAAAGACAAGCGAACAAGUUGUAUGGAUCCAAUACCAUUGUGCACAUCAAAUUGCAAGAAACGAUUGACCUGUGGUCAACCAAGCAAUCCACAUGCGUGUAAUAGUAAGUGUCAUUUCGGACCGUGUCCACCGUGUAACAAACAAACGGCCGUCAAAUGUCGAUGCGGUAACAUGGAUCAAAUGAUUAAGUGUUCACAACUUUCGACCAGAGCGGACGAUGCACGUUGCAAGAAAAAGUGCACAAAGAAACGAAAUUGCGGCAAACACAAGUGCAACGUGGAAUGUUGUAUCGAUAUCGAUCAUGAGUGCCCAUUGAAAUGCACAUACACACUGUCAUGUGGCAAACAUAAAUGCGAAUCAACAUGUCAUAAAGGACGUUGUUUACCUUGUUAUCGAAGCUCAUUCGACGAAUUGUAUUGUGAAUGCGGUCAUAACGUCAUUUAUCCUCCAGUUCCUUGUGGUACAAAGCGGCCACCUUGUGAUCGACCAUGUUCACGCCAACAUGCAUGUGAUCAUGAAGUUACUCAUAAUUGUCAUUCAGCACAAAACUGCCCGCCAUGUAUGGCAUUCACACGAAAAUAUUGCCAUGGCCGACACGAACAACGAAAUAUAAUCCCUUGUAGUCAAAAAGACUUCAGUUGUGGUUUACCAUGUAAUAAACAGUUAAAAUGUGGUCGUCACAAAUGCAUAAAAACCUGUCACGCUGGUCUAUGCGAAACUGAAACGGAUGUGUGCAAGCAGAAUUGUACAAAACCACGUCUAAUGUGUCCGCACAAUUGUAAUGCACCUUGUCAUUUGGAUUCUCCAUGUCCGGACAUGGCCUGUCGCGAAAACAUCGAAGUAUCAUGCCAAUGUGGUUUACGUAAACAGACACGCACAUGCCAUGAUUUCUCAUCGGAUUAUCGAAAAAUUGCCACUGCCACAUUGGCCUCAAGCAUGGAACAAAUGCAAAAUGGUGGAACUAUUGAGCUCAGUGAUGUCUUGGGACCGAUCAAAACUACAAACAACAAAACGCUUGAAUGCAAUGAAGAUUGUCGUGUAGCUGAACGCAAUCGACGAUUGGCAAUUGGUCUUCAAAUCAGAAAUCCUGAUCUUCCAUCGAGACAACCCAAGUAUACUGAAUUUAGUCGUGGAUGGGCGAAAAAAGACCCAAAACUUGUAUCAAUGAUACAUGAUAAGUUAACAGAAUUGGUUAAAUUAGCAAAAGAUAGCAAACAAAAAUCUCGAAGCUACUCGUUUCCAACGAUGAACCGCGAAAAACGCCAACUAGUACAUGAAAUGUGCGAAAUGUUUGGCGUUGAAAGCAAGGCAUAUGAUGCAGAACCGAAUCGAAAUGUGGUAGCAAGUGCGAAUCGUGCCACUUCAUGGCUACCAUCGAUGAGCAUUUUGGAAGUAGUAGAACGUGAAAAUGGUCAGCGUCGAGUACCAGUGCCCAAUAUGAAUGCUUGGGGAUUAAAACGAUAAAAAUUACACUAAAAGAGAAUACAUUCAAUAACAUAAAAUUAAUUUCAUCUCUCAAAAUUCCGAAUCUUGUAAACUUUUUUAAAAUAAAAUCACUUUUUUUUUUUCAACAACAACAAGAAACAUUGAAUCGAAUGUUGUGCUCUGAUC